AUGUUUUUAAUAUUAUUAUCAUUAAUUAUACCCAUAUUAGCAUUUAAUUCACAAUCAAAUUCAAAUAUAGCAGUAUAUUGGGGACAAAAUUCAGGUGGAAAUCAACAAAGGUUAUCAUAUUAUUGUAAUUCAGAAAAUGCAGACAUUUUCAUAAUUUCAUUCAUGCAUGUAUUCCCCCAAAACUUACAAUUAAAUUUUGCAAAUGCAUGCGAAGGUACUUAUACAAGCUCUGGAUUAUUACAAUGUCAAAAUAUAGCAGAGGACAUCAAAACAUGUCAAUCUCAAGGUAAAAAAGUGUUAUUGAGUCUUGGUGGCGCAGCUGGAUCAUAUGGAUUCAGUUCCGAUUCUCAAGCUAUUGAAUUUGCAGACACUUUAUGGGAUUUAUUUGGAAAUAGUAAAAACGUAGCUACGAAUGAUCGACCAUUUUUUGAUUCCGUAUUGGAUGGAUUUGAUUUUGAUAUUGAGAAUAAUAAUCAAAUUGGAUAUUCUGCAUUAGCUAACGAAUUAAGAAAGAAAUUUGCCACUGAUUCAAGUAAACAAUACUAUUUGGGAGCUGCUCCUCAGUGUCCUUAUCCGGAUGCAAGUGUAGGGAACUUGUUAUUGAAUAGUUAUAUUGACUUUGUGUUUAUUCAAUUUUAUAAUAAUUAUUGUAAUUUAGGCAGUACAAAUUUUAAUUGGAAUACUUGGUUUGAUUAUGCUGAAAAUAGUAGCCCAAAUAAAGACGUUAAAUUAUUUAUUGGUGUUCCUGGAGCUGCUAGAGCUGCUGGGUCAGGAUAUAAUGAUCCAAGUGUUAUUGAAAGUGAUUUAACUAGUGAUAUUUUAAAUAAUGUUCAUUUUGGUGGGAUUUCUAUGUGGGAUGUUUCUGCUGCUUAUGGAAAUGUCGAUAAUCAAGGCGUUAAUUUUGUAGAGAAUAUGAAAAGAAUUGUUAGUGGUGCUGGUGGUAAUAAUGUUGUUAAUCAAGUUGUUGAUAGUGAUUCGACUACUAGUACUACUACUACUACUACUACUAUUACUUCAACUACUACUAUUCCAACUACUACUAUUCCAACUACUAGUUCAACUAAAUCAUCAACUAGUUCAAGUUUAAGCUCAACUAGAUCAUCAACCAGCUCAAGCUCAAUUAAAACAUCAAGUAGCUCAAGCAGCUCAGUUUCAAGUAGUUCAUCAAGCUCAGUUUCAACUAGUUCAUCAAGCUCAGUUUCAACCAGUUCAUCUAGCCCAAUAUUAACCAGGUCAAUUGGAUCAAUUUUAUCUAGUUCAUCAAUUUCAUCAUCUCCAAGCUCAGUUGAAAUUAGCACAUCAACAUCUAGUGCUCCACCAAUUCUAGCUGCUUUAAGUUCAAGUUCAAGCUCAAUCUCAAGUUCAAGUUCAAGCUCAAUCUCAAGUUCAAGUUCAAGUUCAAGUUCAUCUAGUUUACUUGACUCAUCAACUUCAGAUUCAAGUGUAACUUCAGCUUUAUCAACAACAUCAAUCAAAGAUGUUUUAUCAAUUUCAUCAACUACAUCAACUUCAUCUGAUUCAUCAUCAUCAUCAUCAUCAUCAUCAUCAGAAUCAUCAGAAUCAUCCUCAUUAACUCCAACAACCAUUCAAAACAUUUAUACAUCAAUAGUAUAUGCUCCAACUACAUUUUCUACAAUUACAACCUUUUAUGAAAUGAUAACAACUAGAACUCAUAUUCAAACUGUUUAUGGUAGACCCCAAACUACAACUAUUCUUAAUUAA